AAUGGAUCAGGAUGGUAGCUUAAAUAUUAGCUAUAAUGAAUGGAGAGAUUUUUUAUUGUUGGCACCCUCUUCCGAUAUACACGAUUUAAUUAAAUUUUGGCGGCAUUCUACUUAUUUUGCUAAAAACUACUUAUGAUUAAGUCAGGAAAGUUUUUUAAAGUACCUCGAUAUUGGUGAGGACAUGAACGUACCUGAUGAUUUUACACCAACAGAAUUACAAAGUGGCAUGUGGUGGCGUCAUUUGGCAGCUGGCGGUGUUGCUGGCGCUGUAUCACGUACAUGUACUGCACCCUUAGAUAGAAUAAAAGUGUUUUUGCAGGUUCAAACACAAAAGACAGGAAUCUCAGAUAGUUUAAGAUAUAUGCUAAGAGAGGGCGGCCUACGAAGUAUGUGGCGCGGCAAUGGCAUUAACGUUCUCAAAAUUGCCCCCGAAUCCGCAUUAAAAUUCGCCGCCUAUGAAAAAAUCAAACGACUGAUACGUGGCGACGACAAACGACAAAUGACAAUUGGUGAACGUUUUAUUGCAGGCGCCGCCGCCGGUGGCAUCUCCCAGACGGUCAUCUAUCCCAUGGAAGUAUUAAAGACACGCUUGGCAUUACGCAAAACUGGCCAAUAUUCGGGCAUUUUGGAUGCGGCGAAAAAAAUCUACAUACACGAGGGUGUACGUAGCUUUUAUCGCGGUUACAUUCCAAAUAUGUUGGGUAUUAUUCCGUAUGCGGGUAUUGAUUUGGCCGUUUAUGAAACGCUAAAGAAGAAAUAUUUAAGUAGUCAUAACACGGAACAGCCAAGCUUUUUGGUAUUGCUGGCAUGUGGCAGUGCAUCGAGUACAUUGGGACAGGUGUGUUCAUAUCCAUUGGCAUUGGUGAGGACACGACUACAAGCGCAAGUCGUUGCAAAAUCGAAACAAAGUCCGCCUAUGGGUGCCAUACCCUUGAAGCAAGCUGGUGCCGCCAACGAUGACAAUAUGAUGGGUGUUUUCCGUAAAAUCAUACGUACCGAAGGCAUUUGUGGUCUUUACCGUGGCAUUACACCGAAUUUCAUUAAAGUUUUACCUGCAGUCUCCAUCAGUUAUGUCGUCUACGAGUACUCCAGCAGAUGUUUGGGUGUCAAUAUGACGUGAUUUGUUUGCCAUGGACCAGCCG